UCUGCAACAAAUGCGGGAAAUUCCACAGCUGCCGCCAAUGGCAACCAGCAGCAACAACAACACCAACAACAAAAUAAACGUGGGGGUGCCUCAACGGCUUUUACGGUGAAUGAUUGGUUACAAAACGAUAUGUAUUGUUACGAGAGACGGUAUAUAGCUUCAUGCGGCGAAGACUCUAUGAUUGCAUCUCGUCAUAAUCCAGCCCAUCGUAACAGCACAUCAAGUGAGGCAGCCGGCAGUGAUGAUCUGAAUACGAGUUCCAGUAAUGAAGACCUUAGCUCAGCCUAUAUUGUGCAGAAUAAGGCGGCGAAUAAGAAGUCAUCGAAAUCACGUCAAAAGCGACAACAGAAACGUAAACAAAACAACAAUAACAACAGCGGCAACAACAACAGCAAUGAUUUGUUACAGCCCAUGGACAUUGAUGAGGAGUACAAGGAGAAUCACAAACCCAACAACAAAUCGGCGAACCACAGCAACAACAACACAUCUGCAGCUAUUAAUUUACGUAAACAAUGCACAAAAGCUGCGGCUUUGAAAGCUGUACUGAAUAACAGUAAACUGAGUAAAUUGGGAGCGGGAGUGAAUGCCCUGACCACAUCUCCCUCGAACUCUUCGGUAUGCAGUUCAUUGUCUUCGGCAUCAUCGACCACUUCAAUUUCCUCAUCAUCUCUGUCAUCAUCGGCCUCAAGUUCGCCGGCUCACUCGGUAAACUCCUCACCGACCGCCUCGCCCACAGCCAGCAAACGUAAUGCGGAACAUUUGAAAAAGGUGGCUGCGGCCUUGGCCCCACCUCUGAGGCAAUUUGUGAAGUUGAAUUUAACCGAAUCGGAAUUGGUGCAGCAAAUGCGCCGUUAUGUCAUAGAUCCUAGCUUGCUAAGGGUCUACGGAUUCCCAGUGGAGUCCGUGCACCAUGAGGGUUGUAUCGAGAUCUAUAAAUGUCUGCCCAAACAUUUGGCCGAAGAGGCCGUGACCAAGGAUAAUCAAAGGCAUCAUCGCCACUUCUAUGGACGCAAAAAGUCCAGCAGUGUCAUCAAUUCCUAUGAUGGCCUAUCGAGUUCCCAGCAAUGGUCCAAUUCCACAACGGCCAUAGAUUCGGGCCAUGGUUCGGGUGAUUCAAGUCCACGUUUUACCGAUUCCGAUUCCAGUGAAAUGGGUGAAGAUGAUAUGACCUGUGGUCUGGAUGCUGCCAAUCCUCCCGUUAUGGCUUUUUAUACCCCCGAUGGGGUGUAUCAAAUCUUUUCGGAAUAUGACAACUCCGUGGAGAAGCAAUGUGUCCGCUGUUCGAAAAUGUUUGAGGUGAAUAGUGAGGGCGAAUAUUUGACCUUCGAACCGUGUACCUAUCAUUGGGGCAAGGCGAACAAUGUCUAUAAUGGUAAAUGUUACGUGAACAUUUAUUCCUGCUGUCAGGGUGAGGAGACGAGUGAGGGUUGCAGCCACCACCCCUUGCAUGUGUGGAACGGGGCUGUGGUCGGGAUCAAUGGACCGUAUAACGAUUUUGUGCACACCAAACCAAGAGCGGAGAAGUUGAAACAAAAACAUCCCAAAAUCUAUGCGAUUGAUUGUGAAAUGUCCUACACAGGGUUGGGAUUGGAGGUGACGAAGGUCACCGUGGUCGGCUAUGAUGGUUCGCUGGUGUAUGAACACUUUGUAAGACCCCAGGCGGAAAUUAUCGAUUAUAAUACCCGUUUUUCGGGUAUUACCGAAAAAGAUCUCUCACCCGAUUCGAAUAAUUCGAUUAAGACCUUUGCCCAGGUUCAACAGGAUUUGUUGAAAUUAUUCGAUGCCGAUACCAUUUUGAUAGGCCAUGGGUUGGAUAAUGAUUUGAGGGUAUUACGUUUGGUGCACAAGACCAUUGUUGAUACAUCGCUGAUAUUCAGCCAUUCAACCGGAUAUCCUUAUCGUCGAUCUCUUAAGAAUUUAACCAAGUCCUUCCUGAAGCGUGACAUUCAAUGCAGCGAUAGUGGUCACAGUAGUUUUGAGGAUUCGAGGGCGUGUUUGGAAUUGAUGCUGUGGAAGGUACGCAAGGAUUUGCGUCACUGGAGUUAUCAAUGA